AUGGUCUACCGUGGGAAACCCUCCAAAGCUUGCCUACAGUGUAGGAAAAGAAGAUUACGAGACGAGAGUCACGCAGCGAAGGCAAGAACGCUGGCUAAGACUAGCAAGCUUCAGGUGCCAGCUACCGUGGCCAUCUCUCUCAAGGCUCGAGCGAACAGUGCGUUCUUCACGUACUACGUUUCAGGCUUCUCACAGUCGUACGAUGUACUGGAGCCGCUGUUACUCGAGUCUUCAGCAAACUCGAUACUGAGAAAAACUGUCGACGCCGUGAGCCUGGCCUUCUUUUCGACCCGAUUCUGCUCAAGUCAGGGAAUGAGAAACGCUAGGGCCGAGUACAUUUCGGCUCUCUCUCUGCUGAAUGCGACUUUACAGACAGCUGGAGGCGCCACAUCUGAUUCGGCAUUGGUCUCUAUCAUCCUACUAGACCUCUUUGAGAAGAUCACAGACCUUCGACCGCGAUCGACAGGGUCCUGGAUGAUGCAUGUCAAUGGCGCGCUCGCAGUGGUAAAAAUCCGGGGUCUACCACAACUCGAAUCUAAGUCUGGACUUCGGAUAUCUUCACGCAUCUUCCAGAAUAGUCUCAUCAGUUGUAUAGCAGCAAACGCAGCAAUCCCGCUAGGAUUGGUCGAGCUUCGCGCUCAUUUGGAGCGAUUCGUCAACCCAACAGAUCCCAAAUGGCUGAUGUCAGGACUUUGCGUUGAGUAUGCCAACCUGCAGAGUGUCAUUCAAAGUGAAUCACUCACAAGCGCCGAAGUCGCGCGGCUAUUGGUCAAGCUUGACCUCAAGUUUGUAGACUUGGAAAAAUACACCUCUUCGAUAUGGGAUCAAAAACCCUCAUUUCCACGGCAACAGACGCAUUUGACACUUGAAGAUUAUUGCCAUGUCUAUCCCGACCACGUCCUUACGCAACAGAGGAAUGGAACUCGUAUCAUCAGAAUUCUUCUGAAUGAUCUGUUGCGAAAGAUGAUGCCACCGCCGCCGAUCUCUGACCUCGACACUAAUUACGCCACUGCCGGUACAAUAGAUUCGUUGGCAGAGGAAAUUUGCAUCAGUGCAACACAGGCAAGUUUGGGAGCUGGUGGUAGUCAUGCUUCUGACAUUGACCGAAUCCGAUGCUUUACGUUGAUAUUUCCGCUCUAUGUUGCAGGCACUUUCGCAAGUUCAACCUCGGGGGUAAAGCCGUUGGUCUUAAAGCAGCUAAGUUCGCUCUCGGAUGUUAUGGGCUUGCAGCAUGCUGCAAUGAUUGCGGACGUCUUAAGGAAAGGAAGGAAAAUUGACACAUGGUCCGUGUAUGCUUUGCUAGGCAGCUAUGCCUUCGCAGCAUAG